AUGACGAACUCAACACUACGCACACAGCAAGUCCCCCAGCAUGUCACCACACUGCUAUCACACCUCACCUCGCGCCCGGGCGUGCAAUCAACCAUGAUCCUCUCCCACAAGGACGGCUCCAUCAUUCAAAGUACAGGACUUCUAGCCCAACCCGAAGAAAACACCACUCUUCGCACGGCACAUACACCCCCCACAACCGACUCGACCCCCCUCCCCUCCGCCCAACCUACCGAUUCAUCCCCUACCUCGCCCGCCGCGCCACAGCCAUACCAACCCUCCCAAGCCGAGACACUCGCCGCGCACAUCUUCGCCUUUGUCUCGAGCGCAGAGGCACUAGGUGUUUCGCUGUCGCGACCCACUUCCGCCGUGCGGAAACCCGGUGACGGCCACUGGGAUGGCGAUUACGACUACGGGAAUGAGGGCACGGCGCGCGAGGAAGACCGCGACGAUGGUGUCGACCGCGAUGAGGACGGAGAGGUGAAGCUGCUUCGUAUGCGGACUAAGAAACAUGAAAUUGUCGUCGUACCGGAUCGGAAGUAUCUGCUGUGCGUAGUGCAUGAUGCCGUCCCUGGUGGAGGGGCUGGUGCGGCGAGCUCGCGCUCCCGGUAG